AUGCCAUUACUGAUGCCCCUGAAGGCUUUGUGGGGGUUUACCGAAUAUUCUUCAAAUCCGGGCCUGCUAUGCAUCACUCUGGAUGUGUCGUCGACCAUCAAUAUGUUUUGCCACUUCUAUAUUCCAAUGUCCAAUGAAGAUUGGGUUUCUUUCUCCCCUUGCCAUGGUUUGGUGGAGAUUUGUGACGGUCUUCUAAAUUCCAUAAAGUAUUGGAAAGAGGAGUUAUUUUUUGUUCAUGUCUCUGCUUUCUCAGGCCCCAUAACAUACGACGCUACCGCUGGCAGUGUUGCUGACCCCGUUCCAGAACUAUCACCUGACGAGCAAUUGAUAACGGAGAGGUAA